AUGUCUGCGACCCCAAGUUCGACAAUUGUUGCUCUGGUACCUGCACCCUCAGGAUACCAUGUGGACUUUGAGCACCCCCAGAGACGAGGCAUUCCGGCUGCUUACUGGGUGACCGGAGUUGGCUUGGUUAUCUCGACGAUGUUUCUUGCUAUGAGGUUGUACACCAAGAUUCGUAUCGUGCGGGAAUUCAAGGCAGAAGAUUUGCUAAAUUAUCGUCAGGUGCAUAUAUGGGAGGAAUCGAUUGCGCAGUACAAUGAGUUCUCUGUUAUGGUUAUUGCAUCUGCAUCUCUGUACCUGAUCUGUCAGGGUCUGGCCAAGUUCUCGCUUUUGCUCUUUUACUAUCGAAUGUCACGGCUUCGGUGGUUCAUAACCUUAAGUAUCAUUACCAUGGUCGUCGUAGUUGGUUACAAUGUCGCCACCAUAUUGGCACUAAUAUUUGCUUGUAAUCCGAUUGCAAAGGCCUGGAAUGCUACGAUUACAGAAGGCUCUUGCGUCAAUCGAGGAGCCUUGUACUUGUCAGUAGCAAUAUCGAACAUCAGCACCGACAUGAUCUUGCUAGUGAUGCCAAUACCGCUGGUAUGGCGUCUGCAAAUGCCACGUGCCCAAAAAUUCGGGCUAGUGUUCAUUUUCGUGAUCGGAUCUAUGACUUUUAUCACAAGCAUCGUUCGUUUGGUGCUUCUCCUGCCGACCCUCACGACAGUAGAUCAACCUUGGGCAAUUGCAUUACCCGGCAUGUGGGUGGCCAUUGAGGCGAAUCUGAUUAUCGUUUGUUGUUCCUUCCCAGCCCUCCGCGUAUUUGCUCGACACUUUGUGCCAAAGUGGAUCGGCGAGUACGGUUCGAACCGCUCACGACCGACUUAUAACGCCCAAAGCGGGACCAAGAGCAAUCCGACCCAGUUCGCCAGCAAGCUUCAGGACAAGAUGCGGUCACGAUCCAGCUAUGGAAGGAUGGAUUUCUCCGAGACAAACACGGAUGUGGAGCUACAGGGAAACUCUCCAAAAGUUUGGAGUGAAUGUCACCGCGUGUCGAGAGAUGCAACACUCGACAACGUGUCCUAUUUAGAAGACGUGACUCCUCCCUCUACCGGGCAUGAAGGCGGUCACGUUUCACCAACCCGCGGCAUCGUCGUUACGAAGACAUUUGGAUAA